UUCUCUGCUGGUUUGCAGUUGAUGAAGAUGAUGAAGACCCUGCUGCUGCUGCUGCUGGUGGCCGUGGCCAACGCUAAAGUCUUUGAGCGCUGUGCCUGGGCGCGCACCUUGAAGGCCAGUGGCAUGGACGGUUACCGCGGCAUCAGCCUGGCCGACUGGGUUUGUCUGACCCAACACGAGUCACAUUUCAACACCAGAGCCACCAACCGCAACACAGACGGCUCCACCGACUACGGCAUCUUCCAGAUCAACAGCAAGUACUGGUGCAGAGACGGCGGAGUCUCCAGAUCCAACGGAUGCGGCAUCAACUGCAGCCAACUCCAGACGGACGAUGUGACCACGGCGAUCACCUGCGCCAAACGGGUCGUCAGGGACCCCAACGGCAUCAGGGCAUGGUGGGUCAUGUGGUGCAGUGAUGAUGGGACUGCUUUGAUAUUCAUGUUUGGACGAGAUCAUGUAGCAUACAUGUUUUUGGUUUCAGGGUGGCCUGGCGUAAAUAUUGUCAGAACCGAGACCUGAGCAGCUACCUGAGAGGCUGCAGACUCUAACCUGGACCUGAAGACCGGAUGGACCAGAAACGUCACUGUCUGUAGCUUUCACAGAUCUAGUUCUGUAAAUACUCUCUUUAGCAGGUUCUCUAACUGGCUCCAUCAGCCACUCUUCUUCCCAGCUUUGUUUUAGUUUAUUAGAGUUUGCCCUGAAGAUCCCACAACAGCAUUUCAAUUAGGUUGAGGUCUGGACUUUGACUAGACAAUUGCAGGAUCUUGAUUAUUUACUUUAACAGUAAAUAUUCUGCAAAAGUAAACAGACCCAGGUCGAAAGAGACCUCAAAUUCAUCUAUUGAACAGAUGCUCACAUUUGACUCCAGAAUACUUUGGUCUACAGAGGAGUUCAUAGUCCAGCCCGUAACUGUAAGAUACCCAGGUUUUAGGGUGAAAAAAGCCCAGAUCACCAUCCCUCCACCACCGUGCUACAGUUAGCAUGAAGUGAUUAUGCCGAUCUGCUGUCUUUGGUACUGUCCAUCUUGGUCCAACAUGUCCUCUCUGAUCUCCUCUGUCCAGAGGACAUUGUCCCAGAAGUCUUGUCCUUCAACCAGAGGCAGAUGUGCUGAUCUUAGUCAUUCAGCCAUCUUGUUUCUAGAGACAAGAGGCUUUCCCCUUUAACCCUUCCAAUUAGCCGUACUGGUAUUCUCUGGAUUGUUGCAUUUACUGACCACUCAGUGACAUCAGAGACCUUCUAUAAACAUCCUGAAAUUGCAAAUGUAACUGCAAAACAGAAGAAAUAUUGUAUUCUACUAAACAGAGGCUAAAAACAUUUUUCCUUUGGUUAAUAAUAACUGGGAUAUUGAUUAAAAUAUUUGAUGUAUAUUUGAUGAUUAUUUUCCUUAAUGAUGUUGAUGAUGGCAAUUCAGAAAAUGUAAAGGCAUUGUUUGUUUCACAAUAGAUUAGUAUGCUAUCUUUUCAUUAUGAAAUAUGCUAUGCUAAUAAACUUGACUUCACUGUA